AUGGCGAAGGCAAUGGCUAUGCUGCAGGGUUUGGGACAAAAGGUGAGCGGUAAAGAACAUCAGGACUGCAGGACACUGCAGGUGAACAUGCCGCAACCGAACCCUGUGGACGUCGAAUUUAAUAAGAUAACCUACACGGUAUCAGUGGGAUUGACGUCUAGAACUAAGAAGACAAUUCUAAAAGGCGUGUCUGGAUUAUUUAAAUCCGGUCAACUGACCGCUAUAAUGGGACCUUCCGGAGCUGGCAAAUCUUCACUCAUGAACGCGCUAACAGGGUUCUCAACACAAGGAGUGACAGGACGCAUACGUGCAGGUGACAGCAUAUGUGAACUCAAUUCGAACAAUAGCAUGCACAGCCUCAAAUACUACAGAAAAAAAUCAUGCUAUAUUAUGCAGGACGAUAGACUAAAUCCUCUUUUUACUGUAAUAGAGCUCAUGAAGUUUGCAGCUGACAUGAAGCUAGGAGAUACCUUGACUGAGAAAUUAAAGAUGAGCGUGAUAACAGAGAUACUGCAGACUCUUGGAUUGACAGGAUCAGAAAACACAAGAUGUUGCAAUCUUUCAGGAGGACAAAGAAAAAGGUUAUCGAUUGCCGUGGAACUGAUCGAUAACCCUCCAGUUUUGUUCCUGGACGAACCAACAACUGGGCUGGACAGCAGAACAUCGUCUCAGUGUAUGAACUUGCUGAAAAGCCUAGCUCGAAACGGACGUACGAUCAUCUGCACCAUACAUCAGCCACCUGCUUCUGUAUAUGCCUUGUUUGAUCAGGUGUAUAUACUAGCAGAAGGCAUGUGCAUAUAUUGUGGCCCUAGCGAAGAAACUGUACCGUAUUUAGCAGGAGUUGGUCUACAGUGUCCCAAAUACCACAACCCAGCUGAUUACAUUCUGGAAAUAGCAACGGGUGAAUAUGGCAAUUUCAACGAAAUCUUAGCAGAAACAUGUUUCAACAGCGACACACGGAAAACCGUAACCAUACCUCCUGCCAGUGAUAAGAAAAGCGAAGCAAUUUCUUUAGGAAAAACGUCAGUUAUAAUCAACCCACCUGAUGAGUUAUACAAGUUUGGGAAACUGUUUAAAAGAUGCAUUUUACAUCAAUAUAGAGACUGGACAGUAUCGCAACUAAAAGUGUGUGUACACAUAAUUAUUGGCGUUCUUCUGGGUCUUCUGUAUGAACACGCUGGCAGCGAUGCGUCAAAGACUUUCAACAACUUAGGCUUCUUGCUGGUGUCUACUGUCUACCUAAGUUAUACCUCACUAAUGCCUGCUGUGCUCAAAAUUCCUCUGGAGAUGUCGAUUCUAAAGAAAGAAAACUUUAACAAUUGGUACGGUCUGAAGACGUACUAUGCGGCGCUGCUAGUUACCGGCAUGCCUCUACAGGUUAUCUAUAGUUUCGUAUAUUCAGUACCAUCAUACUUCUUGUCAGGACAGCCUGCAGAUCCUUACCGGUUCGUCAUGUUUGUAAUGACUCUCGCCAACGUAGCGCUUUUAGCGGAGGCAAUGGGCAACGUUCUUGGGACUUGUUUUAAUCCUGUGAAUGGCACUUUCUUAGGAGCAAUAUGGACGUGCGCGAUGAUUGUUUACGCCGGCUUUUUGGUAAUGUUUGCACACAUGACCCCCGUCAUGCGAAUAGUUUCAUACGGCUCCUUCUUGAGACAUGCCUUCGAAGCACUCGUAUUGGCAAUGUAUUCAAAUGGUAGAGCACCGCUCAAUUGUCCUGACACCAUUUCUUAUUGUCAUUUGAGAUAUCCUUCGGAAGUGAUAAAUCAACUGAGCUUCAAGCCAGACAACUUCUGGUGGAAAGUCAUUUUAAUAAGUUCUUUACUUAUCGGCGCGGUUAACCUAACCGACGUUACAUACUAUGAAAUAUUAGGAAUAUCUAAAAAAGCAACUGCUCAGGAAAUACGGCAGGCUUACAAAAAGUUAGCUGUGAAGUUUCACCCGGACAAGAAUCCUAAUGAAGAACAACAAGAAAAAUUCCUAAAGAUCACAGAAGCGUAUGAGACAUUAAAGGAUUCGAGUAAGAGACAAAACUAUGACCGUUAUGGCUCACAGUCAUAUUCGCGGAAGUACGACUAUCGGUCGCAGUCGGAGUACGACAACUUGUUCUACAACGGAUUGUAUCACAAUGACCCUUAUGUAGAUACAUUAACAGGAGCUUCCUUCGACAGUUACUUGAAAGAUGGUUUUCACUUCAUAAACUUCUACUCACCUUUCUGCCCUCCUUGCCAAAAUGUCGCCGAUGACUGGAAAAAGCUCGCCGAAAUGUAUAAAGGAAUUGUAAAAAUUGGUGCAGUAAACUGUAAAUAUCACAAUUCAUUUUGUUACCACAACAUGAGAAUAAGCAGUUAUCCGUCACUGCUCUUCUAUCCCAACGGUAAAAAUGGCAACUUCGUUUACUACCGAGGCGACCGCUCCCUGGAAUCUCUCGACGAGUUUGUACUGCAGUUCAUCCGCAGCCAAGUGCACGUGCCUGUUGUGGCACAGAUCAGGAACACUGACAAACCCAUGGCUUACGUGAUGGGCGCUAAUAGGCUCGACAGAAAUGCACUCACAAGAAUCGCCUAUCACUUGCACGGUUUCGUCCAAAUGGUGUUGGUAGAAGACGACAAUAUCCGCAAAAAACUCACCGGCGAUGACUACACGACAGUGGUUUUCAGGUACAAAGACAUCAACAAAGAAAUCGAAAGUAUGGAUGAAAAGGAAAUAUUGCAAGAGAUUGUUGAAGCACUGCCAAGCAUUCAACAAAUUGACCCAGAGAAGCUGAAGGAAAUAAGAAACGAAUUACGUACCGGCUCACAGAAAGCAUGGGUUUUGUUCUUCUCGUCAAAGGGAGUCGACAAGUUACAGUUAUAUCAAAUGCAAAUUGCAUUCCCUCACAUGAACUUCGGUGAGAUCUCGUGCGACGAGCGGCAGCAGCUGUGCGCGUCGCUGCAGGCGCGCGCGCCGAGCUGGGCGCUGCUCAAGCGCGGCGGCGCCUACCAGCGCGCGCACUCGCACCACGUGCGACACUUCAUACGCACCGCGGCCGACGCGCUCAACCUGCACUCGUUGUCGCCCUCUGACCUGCUCAGGAUACUCGACGGGGGUGAUGUAGGUUCCUGGGUCCUUCUCGUGGCCCCCCACGAGUCGUCGUGGGAACACAUCGCGGAUUCCUUCACUAGAGCCAGCCGACACUUUGCUAACAGAGACGACAUUAGUUUCGGUAUAAUGGCGUGUUCAGCUCACACGGACCAGUACUGCCGCCAAGUGACGCACCGACACCCCGCGGUGUUGGUGCAGACCGGAGAUAAGCAGAACGUCUACAAUGGACAGGAUUACGAGCAACAGCUCAGAGAGUUCAUCGAUAUGGUUCUAGACAGUGGCGAUUUACAGCUGAACGAACAACAAGUGUUGGAGAUCCUGGACGCGUCGAGCCGCGAGCACAGCUGGCUCGUGGCCUACCUCCCGCCCCGCUGUGGACAACUCUGCGAUCAACUCGCUUACGAGUGGAUGAUCGUGGCCAAGAAGCUUCAGCCCUUAGAAUUUGUUCGUGUAGGUGUUUUAAACUGUGCGCAACAAUCGGGCGGGUUUUGCCACAACAUCAGGUCACCCACGGCGCGACUCUAUCCUAUUGCUUCGGGCCAUCACUACAGUGUUAGUUUACAACACCUCUCCCAAGCCCCGUACAUGCUAGAGUGGGCCUUAGAGUAUAUCGACGAUUCGAUACAGAAGUUGAGCUGGCAAACAUUCAGUAAGCAAGUCAUAGCUGAAGAGUUAAAUCCAACUAGUGGCAAGAAACCUUGGCUGGUAUACUUCCACUCUCCGAGAUGUUACAAAUGCUACGAAAUGUUCUCAGACUUCGCGAUAGCCGGCAUUCUUCUAAAUAAUGCGGUUCAACUGGGUAAAGUGAACUGUCUGAACGAAAGGAACCUGUGCCAACACGAACAAAUCAUGAGUUACCCAUCCCUCAGGCUCUACCUCAAUAGGAGCCCAAACCAACGAUUCAGUUCUGUCAUCACCAUACAAGUGAAAGACCAUGAAAGUAUGCUGCAAGAUAUCAAACCUCAUUUAAUUAAGUAUGAUGAACAUUUAUUAGCUGGGUUUGAACGAGGGUAUAUUAAGCACGACGAAUUUUAA